UCAAAACGCACGUGCCCUGUCCGGCUGUCCCUAGUAAAUUCCAAAUCCAACCAAAAAUUCCGGAAACAAAAUCUCUCCCAUCUCCUUCGUCAAGCGUCAGCCUUGCUGAGGAAACUGCAAUCUUUUUGUAUGUCCAAAUUCGAUGUGUUAAUGUGAUUCUUUACUUACAUGGGAAGGAUUGUCGAACUUAGUAGUUGCAGAAUUUUUCUGGGUUUUGAAUUAUUAUGGAUUUGAACGAAAUACCCAGUGAUCACAUGGUUAAUGGAGUGGAAAUUGAUGAGAAAAUUGUGGCAAAUUUUGAUUUUGUAACCAAUAAGGAGUUGGAUGAUUCUAGAGUUAAGUCAAUUGAGCAAGAACAAAGAUGUAGGGAAGUAGAAGAGAAGCAAUUAGCCCUUGAAUUAGAAACUCGAAACAAAGUUAUGAACUUGGAAGCAGUUAAAGGUGAAAUUAGGGUUUUGGGUACUGAAAAAUUGAGAAUUGAAGAGGAAAUCAAGGGUUUGACUGAGAAGCGAUUAGCCCUCGAUUUAGAAACUAGAAACAAAGUUAUGAACUUGGAAGCAAUUAAAGGCGAGAUUAGGGUUUUGGGUGGUGAAAAAUUGAGAAUUGAAGAGGAAAUCAAGGGUUUGACAGAGAAGAAGACCACUCUUGUAAGAGAAAAUGUGGGUGGUGAGUCUUUGUUGGAUGAAUGGGAAGUGUCUAGGGUUGAUCAAUUGAUGGUUGAGAAUAAAGUCUUGGAAUGUGAGAAGAACUUUGCUCUUAAGGAAGUCGAGGUUUGGAAGCGGAAAUGCAAGGAACUGGAGGCACGCAUGUUUGAAUUGGAGGGAAGAUUGAAGUGUGAGGGUGAAGAUGGUGUCUCAAUUGGAAUUAAGGAAGCUAAUUCUGUGAAUGGUGGUGAUGUUCGUGGUUCAAGAGAUUCCGGUUCUUCAUCUCGUUUACUCGGUGCAGUUAAUGGAGUAAUGCAAAUGGAAGGUACACCAGACAAGAAAUCUGUACUUUCCGAGGAUACUCCAGCUAAGAAAGUGCAUGUUAGGAGACGACUUUCAUAUCAGAAUGAGAGAAACCAUGAUGACAAAAUUGCUCCACUGACUCCAGCCGGAGCAAGGCCUUCCUCUGCUGUUGUUGAUAUUAUCGAUAGUGACAAUGAGUGCGAUGUCCGUGCUAAACACAGGCCUAAUACACAUAGUGAUGGAAUUUUUUGUUCGAUGUCAGAGUAUGGAGUUCAUAAAACAGAUGGAUCUUUGGAUGAGGUUGUUUUUGAGGAAGAAAAGAGUGGUGGCAGGGGAAGUGCUCCCAAUAUUAUGACACCAAAAACCAAGAGAAAACGAGAUGUUUUGGUUGUUACAAGUGAUGAUGAGUGUGAGGAUUACAAAUGUAAGCCCAACAGACGAACACUUAGAAUUGAGAACAGUGAUGAAGAUGAUGAUGAUGUCACACCAAUAACGCGUGUUUCCAGACGAACACUUAGAAUUGAGAACAAUGAUGAAGAUGAUGAUGAUGUUACACCAAUAAGGCGUAUUUUGAAAAGGAUUACUGAUGAAAGUGAGGAUGAAGAUGAUGAUGAUAACAUUCCGAUUAGUCAACUCAAGAGGUAUCGUGCCAUCCCGUCUUCAACUCCUCCAAGGAGACGUCUGGUUAAGUAUACACACGGUGAACAGGAAACGGGGAAUCAUCCUAAGACCCUGACAAAUGAAACUAAAACUAAAACUAAAACUGUUGUAGAUGACGAGUCAUCUGAAGAUGAGUCAGAAACUAGUGAUCAGAGCUUAAGUAAUUUCAUUGUCAAUGAUUCUGAUGAUGAGGAUGUGAAAGAUGAAGAAAGUGGGGAUGAUCAUGACUCUAAUGAGAUGGAAGAGACAUCAGAUAGUAAUCUUGAGUUUGAAGAGAUAAUCUCUAGACUUAAGAGCAGAAGGUGUCCUAACUCAAAAUGGGUUUCAGAAGGUGAUAUGCUCUCUGAUUUUGGUAAGAAUCCUGAGUUGUGUAUGAGAGCUGUUUGUGCUCUUUAUCGGCAGCAAACCAAUGAGGAAAAAGCAUGCAAGGCAAGUCUCAUCCAUAAUGGACGAGGCUUUAGCAAACUCGAUGCAAUAAGGGGAACAAUCUUGGGGGAGUUUCUUACUGACGGAGAUAGUAACGGCGAUCUGGUAAAAUCUGUGGAGGAGUUGCAAGAGCAUCAUCCUUACGGACAUGAAGACUGCCGCAAAUUGGCAGACCGCUAUUCUAAGCAACUGUUCAAGAUCUACGAGAAUGGAGAAGAUCCUUUCUUUCCAUAAUCUGCUUUUCCUCAAAACAUGAUCAGCAUAUCUCUUUACCGGGUUCUAGUGCUUUCAGUAUCAGUCAACUCUGGUUAUGUGAUACAGUUGUCUCAGAGUCAACUUUGGUCCUUGCCAAUCUAACCUGUAUGUAAGUAGGAGUUAAGUCUUGUUUAGGUUAACCCUGUGUAUAUUGUAAAUAAUAACGUAGAAUUACUUCUUGUUAGACUAUCAGUAUAUGUUUUUAUCCAUUACUGUAAAAAGGUUAUCUCUAUGCACUUGCUCAAAUGCUAAAUUAUCAUCUUCUUGUAGAA